UGCUGCACCUGGCUCACCUAGGUUCUCAGUUUUACCUCCGAUUUCCACAAUCUGCACACAUAGGUUAGUCGUCUGUCGCUCGAAACUCGGCGUACCCUUAUCCGCCAUCAUCACUCCGCAGCAUGGUCUCAGCAGCAGCAGCAGCGCGGCUACGAGCCAUCCAAGUCCACCCGGGCAACAAGGUCUGCGUGGACUGCAGCCAGCGCAACCCGCAAUGGGCGUCCGUCUCCUACGGCAUCUUCAUGUGCCUCGAGUGCUCCGGUCGGCACCGCGGCCUGGGCGUGCAUCUCAGCUUCGUGCGAUCGGUGACCAUGGACGACUGGUCCGAGAUCCAACUGCGAAAAAUGGAGGUCGGUGGUAACGACGCGAUGAACAAUUUCUUCGCGCAGAACGGCGUGCCUAAGGACACCGACAUCGCGAUUAAGUACAGCUCGCCCGUCGCCGAGGCGUAUCGCGGGAAGAUCCAGGCUGCGGCUGAAGGGACUGGCCCAGCGCCUAACUCAUAUGCCGGCGCUGCGCCACCCGCACGAGCUCCCCCUCCUGCUGCGUCGUCAGCAGGCGGGUUCGGAUCUAACGACAGCUGGGCAAACUGGGGGAAUGGCGGAAGCGGCGGAAACGGAUCGGCGCAUUCCAGCCCCGCGAAUGCGCACGCGUCGGCGGCGGGCCAAGGAAACAUGCGCCGGCACCAGUCGGAGAACAGCAUGUGGGAGGGCGGAAGAGGGGGGGAAACCAGGCCGGGGGGGGACGGGAGAGGCACCGGCGGGGGUGGCGGAGGCGGAGGCGGCGGGAGGCGGGGAGGCGCGAUGGGGCAGCACACGGGGUCGGCGUCGGACAUGUAUUCGAAGGAGCAGCUGGAGGCGUCGGCGGCGGAUAAGGACAACUUCUUUGCGCGCAAGCUGGCGGAAAACUCGAGGCGGCCGGCGGGCGUUCCGCCGAGCCAGGGCGGGAAGUACGUGGGGUUCGGCAGCACGCCGAGCCGGCCGCCCAGCAAGGCGAGCGCGGGAGACGACGUGCUGGAAGACUCGAUCAAGGCCGUCUCUGAGGGUUUCCGCUCCAUCUCCAUGGUUGCUAUUGGCGCUGCCAGCUCUGCAGCGGCUGUGGUGCAAGAGAAGAUGCGGGAGGGCGGGUACGACCAGAAGGCCAAGGAGACUGCCACAGUGGUGGCGAGCCGCACGGCGGAGCUGGGGCAAAAGGCGUGGGGCUUUAUGCGCUCUGUCACUGAAAAGGCAGUGGAGGCUGUGGAAGGGGGGAUAGGGGGGGCUGGCAUUGGUGGGGGUGGAGGCUUUGGGGGAAUGGGCAGCAGCAGGAGCAUGGGUGGUGGUGGUAUUGGAAGUCCAUAUACUUAUGGUGGUGAUGGGGGUGGUAGUAGUGGUGGUGGUGGGCGAGGAGGGGGAGGGGCGGAAGGAAGGGGAAGCAGUGGGUAUGGUGGUGGUGAUGUGUACACUUACAGUGCGAGCAGCAACGGGUAUGGUGGCUCCGAGUCCACACAAGAGAAGAAAACAGGCGGCGGCGGCGGUGGUGGUGGCGGUAGCAAAGGUUUUGCUAAGUUUGAUGACAGUGCACUCAAAGGCGGUGAGGGCUUUGGUGACUGGGACGACUGGAAAGAUGAUGGUGAUGAUAGUGCUGCCAGCGGAGGUAAGGGAGGGCAAGGGCGAGAGGCUCCGGCACCAAAGUCAGCAGCAGUUCCUGUGAAGAAAUUCUCCAUCUCCUCUGCAGCACCUGCUCCUGCUCCAAUGCCAGUGUCUGGACUGGUGCCCCCACCUGUGAAACCACCUGGUGCUGCUGCCCCAUCUGCUGCAUAUGCAAAGCCUUCACAAUCCUCGUUUGAGGCCUCUUUGAUUUCCUUUGACGAUGGACCAUCAGCUCCGUCAGCUGCACACACAGCUGCUGCUCCUGUGGAUCCGUUAGCAGCGCUGAUGGGGGGGAGUGCACCUGCUACUGGUGGUGGGUUUGGAGGAACUGGAGCAGUAGCAGGAGGCGGUGCAUGUUCUGGGUUUGAUGCCUUCUCCUCGGGUCCUCCUGUCUCUGCAGAUCCGUGGCAGGGGGGCAGCUUCCAAUCCGCCCCUGCUCCUGCUGGAGGCUAUGCUACAGCUUCCAAGCAAAUGCAGGAUGACGACUUCGAGUGGGGUGGGUUUCAGUGACCCUGAUUUUAUUGUAGGUCCCGAGUAGUGGUUGUCUUCAAUAACGGAGGAAUUUGUAUACAAACAUUUGAUCUACGUUGAUUUAGGUUGUGUAGUUUUUAUAAUUUUCUAGUACGAAGGCUAACUGUAUUGCCGAUAGGCCAAUAGACCAAUGUGUUGCCA